AUGGGUGGAGUAGCAUCUUCUAAUAUUUUAGAAAGCUUCUCAGAAGGUACGAAUUUUGAUAAAGAUGAAAUUGAUAGAUUACGAAAACGAUUUAUGAAAUUAGAUACGGAUGGAAGUGGGACUAUAGAUAAGACAGAAUUUUUAUCUAUACCAGGUUUAUCAAAUAAUCCAUUAGCUACCAGAUUAAUGGAUGUAUUUGAUGAAGAUGGUAGUGGAACCAUUGAUUUUAAAGAAUUUAUAACUGGAUUAUCAACAUUUAGUGGGAAAACAUCAAAAAUUGAUAAAUUAAGAUUUGCAUUUAAAAUUUAUGAUAUGGAUAGAGAUGGAUUUAUUGGGAAUGGUGAACUUUAUAUUGUAAUGAGAAUGAUGGUUGGAAAUAAUUUAAAUGAAAUUCAAUUACAAGAAAUUGUAGAUCGAACUAUAAUUGAAAAUGAUCAAGAUGGUGAUGGUAAAUUAAGUUUUGAAGAAUUUAAGAAUGCUAUUGAAUCUACUAAUAUUGCUUCAUCUCUUACAAUUAAACUGGUUUAA